GGGAUGACGGUGAAUCCUGCUAGUGUGCUGUGAAUGUGAAGCAGGAGGGACUGCCAGUUUGUGUGCAGGAGGGAAGGCGAAUAGGUCCAGGGCACCCGGAUUAGCAGAAUAAGAAAAGGAGAGAAAGAAAAUAUAGCUAAAAAACAAAGGCAUAUUUCUCUAGCGGGACUGCAAGGAGGUACGCUAAAUACACAGAGAAACGUCCCCCAGGACUAGUGACACCAUUGUUCAGCCCCACUCUUGCUGAGAAGGUUUCUACACAACGCUCCAACAAUGAAUUUCCUCCGGAGGCGUCUCUCAGACAGUAGCUUCGUGGCAAAUUUGCCCAAUGGCUACAUGAUGGACUUGCAGCGCCCCGACAACUCCACGAGCUCCCCAGUUUCUCCUGCCAUGGAGAGAAAGCAUCCGCAGCCACCACAGCCCUCGCACUCUUCCUCUACUGGCACCAGCAUCUUCAGCUCCAUCUCCAGUGCCAUGAAGCAAACCACACAAGCAGCUGCAGGACUAAUCGACCACUCAGCCAGCCCUGCACCACCUGUGGCCCAGAAACCCAAGAUCCUCCUGGUGAUUGAUGAUGCACACACGGACUGGGCCAAAUAUUUCCAGGGGAAGAAAGUGAAUGGAGAAUUUGAUAUCCGAGUGGAACAGGCUGAGUUCUCCGAGCUGAAUCUGGCUGCUUACGUCACGGGCGGCUGCAUGGUGGACAUGCAGGUCAUGAGGAAUGGCACCAAGGUGGUAAGGUCCUUCAAACCGGACUUUGUCCUGAUCCGGCAGCACGCCUACAGCAUGGCACUGGGAGAGGACUUCCGCAGCCUCAUCAUCGGCCUCCAGUACGGUGGCAUCCACACAGUCAACUCCCUCUACUCCAUCUACAACUUCUGCAGCAAGCCCUGGGUGUUCUCUCAGCUCAUUAAAAUCUUCAACUCAUUGGGUCCUGCAAAGUUCCCCCUCGUGGAGCAAACGUUCUUCCCAAGCCAUAAGCAGAUGCUCACAACUCCAAAUUUCCCUGUAGUGGUCAAGCUGGGACAUGCACAUGCUGGAAUGGGGAAGGUCAAAGUUGAGAACCAGCACGACUUCCGGGACAUGGCCAGCAUAGUAGCCAUGGCAAAAACCUACGCCACCACCGAGCCGUUCAUUGACUCCAAGUAUGACAUCCGAAUCCAGAAAAUUGGCAGCAACUACAAGGCUUACAUGAGGACGUCCAUCUCUGGAAACUGGAAGGCAAACACAGGUUCCGCGAUGCUAGAACAGAUCGCAAUGACAGAGAGGUACAGACUCUGGGCGGAUGCCUGCGCGGAAAUGUUUGGAGGUCUCGACAUCUGCGCUGUCAAAGCUGUCCACAGCAAAGAUGGAAAAGACUAUAUCAUUGAGGUGAUGGACAGCUCGAUGCCCCUGAUUGGGGAGCAUGUGGAAGAGGACAGACAGCUUAUAGCCGAUCUGGUUGUUUCCAAAAUGACUCAGCUUGUCAUCACUGCUGGAUCUACGCCGUCACCGCUGAGGCCUUGGCCUCCACAAGUUCAGCCUGCAUCAAUGAAAUCUCAGACUGGACCUCAGCUUGGACAACUGUCCCAACCACGGCCUCCUCCCCAAGGCGGACCACGCCAGCCUCAGGGAUCUCAGCCUGCACGGACAAAUGCACCUCCACAGCAGAGGCUCUCUCCUCAAGGACAGCAGCCCCAGAGUCCCCAGUCCACUUCACCUCAGCAGCAAAGGUCACCUGGAUCUCCACAGCAAGUCCGAUCAGCAACUGGGUCCUCUCCAGUCCAGGCUUCCAAGGCAGGCAUAUUCCCUCCACAGCAGCCUAGACCUCCUGCUCAAGGCCGGGCUCCUAGCCAGCCAAGCCCCACUGAAACAUCCAAGCAGCAAUCCACCCCACACCCACAUCUGAACAAAUCACAGUCCCUGACAAACACCUUCAGCAUAUCUGAAUCAUCUCAGCGGGGAAAUGCCAACGAAGAUGAAGCAAAAGCUGAGACCAUUCGCAACCUGAGGAAAUCAUUUGCUAGCCUGUUUUCCGAUUAACAGCCCUGCAGCUGGAUCUGUGCUUUUGUCAGCCCUCACUCUUCAUAUCAGCGUACCUGAUGUCAUCCCGAAUACACUCAAUGGUACCCAGCGAUUUACAACUAACACCUGGGUAAAGGGAAUUUAGAAAACUAUAGUUGUUUUAAUACAAAGAAAAUAUUAUAAUAAUGGUCUGAAAAGUGACUGUAUAAAAGUGGCACUAUUUCAUUGUUUUUUGUGCAUAAUGAGAAUCACAUCUGCUCAAAUGACUGA